AUGACAGUGUCCUUUCGGGUCGUCAACGAGGCGGGAAACGGGAGUACCGCACGGGGAGGCGCGAACGAGGCGGCAGCGCGACCAGAUUGUGUCUUCUGCGGGGUGACGAGAGACUCGCCUGGUUUUCGGGUGGUGCAUGAGGAUGACGAGCUGGUUGUCUUCCACGACCGUUCGCCGGCGAGUCGGGUACACCUGCUCCUCGUACCCAAGCGACAUAUCGAUAACGUCAAGACUCUGCUUCCGGAAGAUGCAGCACUACUACAACGCAUGCGCAAGACCGGCCAAGAAGUCCUAGAAAGAGUUGGCGUUCCGCUGUCGGAGCAACGACUCGGCUUUCAUAUCCCUCCCUUCUACUCUGUCAAUCAUCUCCACCUUCAUCUCCUCUCCCUCCCCCUUCCCUUCCGAGGCUCACUCAAGUACCGACCAGCCCUCCCGAGCGAAGCAGAGCGGAGCAGCGGGAAGCUGAAAGGAUGGAGCUGGUUCGUCGAGGUUGACCAGGUCCUCGACAUCCUCCGAGCAGGUCAGAAGGUCAAGGUUGCGUCUGUUCGAGCGCCUACAGCGGCGGCGUAG